AGGUGGGGUAUAUGAUCCUGGAUAAACGGUUCCUGCCAGCUACAUUUUUGAAAAUACACACCUUCAGCCCACCCCACGAAACCACGCCUCCAAAUUACAUGAACGCGCCUGCUGUCAGUCGAGAAUGUUCGGAUGUUCCCGAGAACGAGAAAGAAACAGGCCGAGACCUCGCGAGUGCACGUGACUCGGGAUGAGGCGAGAAGCUCAUGUCUAUUACUAGCUAACCACAACAUAACAGGCUAACUUCCAUGAUGGCGUCGUCUUCUCCUAGUACGAGCUUCCACGGCGACAGCUCCUCUAGCUCCCCUGAGCCGACGUCCAAACGCCCGAAACGCCAGACCAGUACAAGAGGUGGACCGAGGGGCAGCGAUCGUGGGGGCAGAGGCAGAGGCAGAGGCAGAGGAAGAGCUGGGACAGCAGGAGGAAGACCCAGGGGAAGGAGACCUCAACCGUGGGGUCUUGAACUUACGCAGGAGGACUUUGAGAGAAUUCGAGACAUGCGAGCGGACAGGAUUGCAAAUGAGGAUGCCCGAAUUCAAUCCCUGGAUUUACAACAAGCUCGAGAAAUAUUGCGAGGCGCCCUGACCCGUGACCCCAGCCUGAUGUUCGACUUAGCACACCGGACAUCUGGCCCUCCAGGUCCGCAGCCACAGCCCCCUGCAGCCCAACCUACCUGGUGCGUCUGCACCAAUGGAGAAUUUGGGCAGAAGUGCGGGCAGAGGCUGAUGUUGUUGGACCUGGAGAAAGCAACAGAAGAUUCAGGCAUGCAGCCUACCGACAGUUUGUGGUGUGGCAGUAUGGGGCACUGGGUCACGGCCGGCGUGUCGUUAUACCCAGUUGCUGCGUAUGGAGGAUCCGUGACCGUUAUCCUGAUCCACUGGGCCAGUAUAGAGGGUUUGUAG